UGGAUAGUAAAAAGGAAGCUGGUGAUGCUGAUGAUGUCCAGUCUCUCACAAGAGAUUUCAAUAAAGCCGAGAAAGUGAUCAAUGACAUUGAAAGCGGACAGUUUUCAUCGAAAGAUUUACAGGGACGACUUGAAGAAGCAAUUACUAUACUGGAAAAUAUCACCAGGGCGGUUUCAACAUUGUCAUUAUUCUCAACCAACGAACAGCUUGAAGAUAUACCUACACCUUCUCUUCCGUAUCUCCUUAUUCCAUGUUAUCUUGGCAUUGCCCAACAUAACAAAUCCACAACUGAUCCUGUCAAACGGCGUGACCAACUAGAGUUGGCAAAGGCAUAUUACAGGGAUUUUCUUCGUCGAUUAAGAAACUAUGGCUUUGAAUUUGAAGACUACAGAACUAUCUUGGAGGAUGAUGACCUAGGACAUGAUGUUCCUUAUUCGUCGACAAAAAAAUUCAGCG